AUAGGCGAAUAACAAACAAUCCAACUCCUUCAGCUGAGCGAGCGAGGAUCGUGAGGCUGUGGCUGGGAGGUAUGCCAGCUCGGGAGAUAUCCCUAGAGAGUGGAACCAGCCUCUCCACAGUGUACAGGUGGAUCCGUCGCUGGCGAGAGUACGGAACGCUGGAGACUCGACCUUAUCCCGGACGGUCGCACAGUUGCUGCUACAGUUACACAGUCUCACCCUUCAGUCACAGCUGUUCUUAUUCACAUCCCUGGCUUAUUCAAGAGAUUAACUCGCCAUAUCACUGGAAACGUAUUGCUUAGAAAUAAGUGCAAAGAUUGUCGUUGCCUCUUAAGAAACUGCGGAUUCUUUCCAUAAUUACCCAAUUGCAAACUAGAAAUAUUGAUCAAAGUUUGUUCGAUUUAAGAAAUUUGUCGCCGUUAAGAAGAUAUAAACUAAUAUACAUAUCAAUAAGCUUUCCCCAGAUUCCAUAUAUCUAAACAAGCUUAAAACGGUAAUAAGUGUUCCUCAGACAUCAAUUGUUCUGAAAAGUGAUAAAACUCUGUGUGACAUAGAUGAUUAAUAUAAUUUAUCAAAGGUAAAAAAAAUUAAUUUUUUAUGUCUAUAUACAGUUUUAUAUUGACACUAAAAAUUAACUGUAAACAAUAUAUUAAGGCAAGGAAAUUAAGGUGUAAAUUUUUAUCCGUAAGCCUCUAAAUAUUUACGAGGCUUAUGGUUUUGCUUAUAGAAAAAUAUAUUACAGCUAUAAUCUCAAUUCAUGUAUCACUAGAUGGAUGUAAUAGUGAGAACAAUGUAUUUAAGUACUGUUAUUAAUGAGAAUUAUCAACUCGCUGAAAUAUACCAAAGAUCCCACAUUAUUGGUCGGGAUGACGUCACUUAGACUUCAUGUGAUCAUAGUGGUGGCGGCAGCGAUGGUGAGAUUAGGGCCUGAAGCAAGUCAGGAAGUGGAUGAAGCACUGGAGCAGAUGGGUGUGGAUGCGGGCGUAAUGGUGGGACAAGUGGUGGAGCACCACCUCGCUGGUUGUCACCUGGUGCUCCUCACCACUACACCUGACUCACUCAUUACCUCGAUAAUAAUCAGACACAUUAGUAAGAGUGUGGUGGCUGGGAUGGUGGUGGAGGCAGGAUGGGUCUUCUCCCAGGACCAGCUAGUCCAGAACCAUCUGUUUCAGGGGCUGUGGGGCGACACCAGAACCACCUGCCGGGGUCUCAUCGUCGACCUCACCACAAACAGCAGCAUCAUUGCUCUUAGGUUGGCAGAGGCAGCAGGAUUGUGGAAGCUAUCAGAGACUCGUGUAGUAGCAGUGGGAGGGAGGGCAUGGGUGAAGGAUGUGCUUCUCCAUCACAGUCUCCGCAACAGCCUUCACGCUCUCUACCUUGUCCUUCACGACAACACCCUCCACGACCCACGACGCCGAUACUCAAGCUUCAGGAAGAUCUUUAGACAAGAUGUGUACGCAGCAUCAAUGAGCAGUGGUGUGUGGGUGUACCGGCGGUGUAUGUAUUGCAACAACGGGGAAGCGGACGUACAGGUCAUCAAUCAUUGGGUCAUCACGCCAAACAUCCACAACAUUCAUCAAUUCUUCCAGGAACAAGUGCAAACACUGCUGGGCCACAAGCUUCGUGUAGUAGCUGUGCCACACUUUCCCUACAUGGAUUUUGAGCUGAACACCACAGAUCCGGGUGGUAUAGUGAUACAGAAGGAUGCCAUAGACACCAGACUGAUUAACACAUUCUCAACCGCACUCAAUUUCACCUUCGAGAUUAGAGCAGAACCAGAGUUAUCGUGGGGGCUGCAGGAGAACGGCGUCUUCACCGGGAUGAUGGGUCAACUCCAGCGGGAAGAGACAGACUUCUGUACCAUAGCUGGUCCGUCACCGGAGCGUCUGAAGGUCGCGGAGUACCUCAGGGGGUAUCCCUCAGACCCAAUGACUGUAACAUCUCUAAAGCCUUCACUGUUACCGGAAAACCUAUCGCUGAUAAGACCGUUCACAGGUGAGCUAUGGUUAAUGCUGCUGCUAAGCGUUGUUGUGUGGGGCGUGAUCCUCUGGCUGCUGCAGAGGGCGUGGCAGUGGAUGACCGGUGGGCGUGGAGUUAAGCUCAGCACUAUUUUUAUGUACGGCUGCGGCGCCCUCAUGGAGCAGUCUCCUCCUGAUCCCCCGGUCAGCGUUUCAGGAAGAAAGGUGUCAAGGGAAGAGGCUCUGCAAAAGGUACUGGAGGGCCACUAUACUCUAAUUGUUUGGGAGAAUAACCUCAUCAUCACAAUCGCCUCCCACUACACUGACUCCCACGGUAACACACCAUACUUUAUCAGCAAGAAAGGUGUCUCCAUAAUGGCUGCCUUUGGAUGGGGUUUCAGGAAAGGUGCACCAUUUUAUCAGCGUUUUCAGCGACUAAUGUCACGAUUGGAAGAUGCUGGUCUUAUAAAGUAUUGGACUCAGGACGUGAUAGCCACUCGCGUGAGGGAGAACAGAGCAGCAGCAGCCCUAAAUCCUCAAGUUGUUCUAGGAGACACUGGAACGGACAACACAGAAGUGGUACUAGGAAUGCAACACUUGCAGGGCGCCUUCUACGUUCUGUUUCUGGGCUCUUUCUUCGCCAUCUUGAUCCUUCUGUGGGAGAACCUCUCCUACUCACGCUCCUUAUCCUGGUAAUAUCCUUCCUAGCAUCACCUGACCGCUGUCCAGGAGUGAUGGUGCUAGAAGAACCUCUCCUACUGGAGCUUCUUGUCUCAGUUACGUCUUCCUAGCAUCAACAGACCUUGGAUUGGAUAUGACACUACCAAGUUUCGGUGUCGCCUUCUACAGACUUUAAGGGAGCAUCGGUCUUCAGGGAGCAUUGUUUAAGUGCUAUUUAUAAAACAAUGCUAGUAUAUACACCGUUUGGUAUAUAUAUUCACUGAUAGUUUACCUAAAUACCAGUCUUACAGAAUUCAGUACACCAAAUAUUAAAUUCUAGUUGCAUUACAGCUAUGACUGGUGAAACCGAUAGGCAGUAAAGAGUGUAUACCAAAUUAUAACAUGUAUACCUUCGUAAUAUAAAUUAACAUGAUGUACAUGGACAAAUGAUACUAGUGAAAAAUGUUCGGUAAAAAAAGGGACCGUAACUUUAGGGGCAAAUUUGCAAUAACUGUAGAUUCUAAGGGGAACUGCAGCAGUAAUGCAUGAAUCGCAGAUUCAUGCAUUACUGCUGUCUCACACAACUAAUUCAUAUAACACAGACAGUCACUUCUGCUGCAAAAUAAAUCUAAAUAUUACCUUUACAUUGGAAGUACUUAUACAUCUUUUGAUUUAAUAAACUCAAAA